GGAAUGUACAUUUCCUAUCUAUGUUUUGAAAAAUCAAUAUAAUUUUAAAUUAAUAAUAUAUUUUGCUUUACUUUAUAUAUUACAAUAAAAUAAACAUGUCGCAAAUACAUACAAGAACCGGCAAUAAAAUUCAAGACGAAAAAAUCCUGCUGCCGUUUACAUACAUUCAGCAAGUACCAGGGAAGCAGAUACGGACCAAGCUCACCUCGGCGUUUAAUUACUGGCUGAAAGUGUCAGAUGAAAAGUUGCGCGCCGUUGGUGAAAUCGUUCAAAUGCUGCACAAUUCUAGUUUACUGAUCGACGAUAUCCAAGACAACUCCAUCCUUCGUCGGGGCAUCCCUGUCGCUCACUCCAUAUACGGGGUGGCCAGUACCAUCAACGCGGCGAACUACGUGCUGAUCAUCGCUCUGGAGAAGAGUUUGCAGUUGGGACAUCCUAUGGUAAUAUUUUAUAAUAAUAAUAUCCCAAAAUUUACACGGGCCAUCUAGGCCCAAGCUAAGCAGAAUGUGUGUUUUGGGUACUAUACAACCGAUAAAAAUACUCAGUCCAUACAAGUAAUCAAACAAAUUAAUACAAAUUUUAUUAUCUAGGUAUAUCUUGCUAACAUUAAAAGGAGUAACUUAGGUUACUUUUGUUUUAGAAAAUCUAUUUAUUAGAAUAUCAAAAAUCUAUUUUCUCGUUUACAAUGUUUCCAGUAUUCAGAGAACAAAAGUUUCUGCGAGGACCUGACUGAGGGCAAGUUCAGCUUCCCCAUCAUCCAUGCAAUCAGGAACCAGGAGGGCGACAACCAAGUGCUCCACAUAUUAAGACAACGCACUCGUGAUGUGGAAGUGAAGAGAUACUGCAUCUCGCUUCUGGAGCGUCUUGGCAGCUUCCAAUAUACAAGGGACACGCUCAUCAAGCUUGAUGCUGAGGCACGUGCUGAGAUCGCGUCCCUUGGUGGUAAUCCACAGUUGGACGCGCUGCUCGAUGAGUUAUUGAGCUGGCGACGAGACAACAUACAGAACAACGGCAUUGAGAAACAGUAAAAUGGGCUACUUGUAACUUAAGCGGCUGUUAGUAAGACAUCGAACGAACUUAUUGGACCAAGGGCUAACAACCAAAAACCUUCAAAUAAAUGAAGGUAACAAACUGGAGUACUUUAUGAUGAUAAUAAUUUGGUUUCUUAAAAAAAUAUUACUACAUGCAAUUUAGGGGUGAUCGAUAAACAUAGUCGUUUUUACAAGUUUAUCGAUAACAUCGAUGUAUCGAUGAAAAGUUUUAAAUAACAUCGACAGACAUUAUACAAAGAAAGUGAUAAAAAAUAUUGAUGUUUCGUCUUCAGCCAUCUCAUUUCGUACCAUCUUGCUUUUUGUAUAGUCUUUUACCUUGUGAUAUCCCAUAUCGCAAAGAAAACAGACUAUAGGCAAGAUUUUGCAUCUUUGUUUAUUUUCUAUAUAUUACGGUGAGUGUUCGGAUGAAUACCAGUUGCUAGUUUCACCACCGUACCGCCCGCCAAUAACUAAAAUAUCAUCCUGAUCAUUGAACGAACAGCGAUCCUCCAACGUGCUGUGUUCUACAAACUUAUCACACACAACCACUUUGUGGAAUCACCUCUCAGCAAUGGUAUUACCGAACUGAUACCAUGAUAAACCUUCAAGAAAAGAGCUUAUUCCUUCUUCAAAGGCCAAUAACGCACUUGCGACAAUUCCCCUGUUGUUGCGGUGCACAAUGGCGGCGGUAAUCAUUUACCAUCAGGUGAGAAAUAAGCUCGUUCGUAUGUAAAAAAAAUACAAAACACUAGACGAUACGAAAUGCGAAACAUCACUGUUUUUCAUUAUAUUUUAAAAAUAUAUCGAUACUCAUAGAUUUCAACAACGAUGUUUUUCUAAUAUGGAUCAUCCUUAAUGUAAAUGUAGUGCUAAUUAAAAAUAUUAUAAAGUUAUAUCUCGUUCGUAUAUCUGGUGGAAAUGAUAAAUAACGGCGGUAUACAUAUUACGUAAAGACAAAAUUUUUUUUUU